AACUACAUUACCCAAUAAGUUAUACUACGUGUGUAUCCUGCCUUUUAACGCCGAUGACAGCCGGAGGAUGGAGGCAGUAUUAGCCAAGUAUGAAAACCAGAUAAAUGUGUUUUCUGAAUUCCUUGAAGACUUGCCUGACACUGAUGAACCUGUAUGGAUUUUAGGAGAGUGUUACAAUGCUAAAACAGAAAAGACAGAGCUCCUAUCAGACGUCCACUCACGGUUAUGGUUCACCUACAGAAAAAAAUUCUCUCCCAUAGGCGGAACAGGCCCCUCUUCAGAUGCAGGCUGGGGAUGCAUGCUACGGUGUGGGCAGAUGAUUCUUGCACAGGCCCUGGUAUGCUCACAGCUGGGACGAGCCUGGCGUUGGAGUUCAGAGGGAGGACAGCCAGAGGAGUACCAGCGUAUCCUCCACUGUUUCCUGGAUAGGAAAGACAGCUGUUACUCCGUACACCAAAUGGCUCAGAUGGGGGUCGGUGAAGGGAAAUCUGUGGGAGAGUGGUAUGGCCCAAACACAGUUGCGCAAGUGCUCAAGAAACUUGCACUAUUUGAUGACUGGAAUUCUCUUGCUGUGUAUGUGUCAAUGGACAACACGGUGGUGAUCGAGGACAUCAAGAAGCAGUGUCGCCAGGCAAGCAGAGGGAACAGAUUGCGGCCCAGACCCUGUAGCUGGGGGGAACCCUUCACCUCUGGAGAAACACCAGAGCAAGCCUGUUCGCACACACACGGGAACAGAGCCACGACGUGUCCACAUUCUCAAUCCCAGUCUCAUUCUGACUGGAGGCCCCUGCUGCUGGUCAUACCUCUCCGUAUGGGAAUCAACCACAUCAACCCUGUCUACAUCCAGGCCCUUAAGGAGUGUUUUAAAAUGCCACAAUCCUGUGGUGUGCUGGGAGGAAAGCCCAAUCUGGCCUAUUACUUCAUUGGAUUUGUAGGAGAGGAGCUGAUCUACCUGGAUCCCCACACCACCCAGUCAGCCGUGGAGUCAGAGGCUGGCAGCGGAGUGGACGACCAGAGCUACCACUGUCUGAGGAGUCCACGCCGCAUGAAGAUCACCAACCUGGACCCCUCUGUGGCCCUGGGAUUUUUUUGUAAGAGUGAAGAUGACUUUGACAGUUGGUGUAACCUGGUCCAGCAGGAGAUCCAGAUGAAGAGGAACCUGCGGAUGUUUGAGCUGGUGGAGAAUCACCCGCCCCACUGGCCCCCUUUCGUUCCUCCCACCAAACCAGAGGUUCAGACCACAGGGGCAGAGUUCAUCGAAUCAUCCGACAAGCUGUUUGAGUCUGAAGAGGAGUUUGAGAUCCUUAACGUGUGACCAGCUUCCCCUCCCCUCCGCCCAGUCCAGUGGAUGAUGGUGAUUGGGUUGAUUCCCUUGGCUACCAUCUUCCAUACUGUGCUGUAGAAGUGCCUCAGAACAACAUCAAGCAUAAACUGCUUACCACUUUGCAAAAAAAUCACCAACAAGAGACAAUACUAGAUAAGGAAAGAUUCUGGACAACAACUCAAAACAAAGAGACCAAAUUAAGGCAGGAACAUGGUGUACACAGUAAAUUCAAGCUUGCACUGUCUCACUUUGAUGUUGUGGAAACAACGCCAGGGACCUAGGUGAAGACAGGCAUGAGGAUGAUAUAGCUGAAGAAGCCAUCUCCUCAGUACACACUACCUCCUGAUGCCUGGAGACAGCAAAUAUGCAGACAUAUUUAUUUUCAGUGUUAAAAUACAAACAUACAACAAAUAACUUGUUUUAUUAAGAAAAGUGCCUCUCUUAAAUAUAUGUAUGUUAUUCAAUGGUUAGAGUAAGGGUUUUCCCAAGGUAUUGGUAUGGAACAUCGCCCCUGCACACUCAUGUAAAUAUGCCUGACAAUAAAUAUAUUUAAACACUUUA